UCCCACCAAUACCGGGUUGGAGAUGCAUUGACCAUCCGUUCACACUGUCCGACUCCACCACCACCGAAAAGCGAAUCUAACAUUCGGGCACGUGCCGAAAAAAAAAAAAAAAAAAAAAAAGGCCGCGAUGGAAAAUGGGAAGAGCUCUUAUCUCCUCUCGAGCUAUGCCUCCGGAACCCACCGCUCCCUGGCUCCGAUGGGCCCGACAUGGUUGAUAUCAAAUUGAUCGAGGAACUGCAUGUGGGCGAGUACAAAGCAAAUCAGCUGUUUGUGGCUAGGGCUGUGAAGAGCCCUCGAUCCCUCAAUCUUCCAACUGACUGCGAUUUGGUCGCGAAGAUUUCCGAUCCACUCUAUGGUGAUUUCAGCCAAGCUCCGUUUGCCAAUGCGGAUCAUGGGUAUACUUAUGAGACUGUGGCUUACACGCGUCUACCAGACUUGCAAGGCUCGGUUAUUCCUAGGUACUAUGGGUCUUUUACUUUGAAAUUCAGAGUUGGCAGGCGUUUCCGCGUUGUUCGCUUGAUUCUAAUCGAACGGAUUCAUGGCAUGCCAAUGGAUGACUUAGACCCUCGCGCACCGAAAGAAGAACGCCAGAGAAUUUUGAAACAGAUCGUCGAUGCGGAGUGCUCCUUCUAUAACAGAAACUUGAUACACGAGGACUUAUACCCACGGAAUAUACUUAUCAAAUAUGAAGGAGACCAAAGAAAGCCGAAAGUUGUGAUCGUCGGCUUGGGAUGGUUGGUUUUUGGACGCACUCGUAACGCAGAGAACAUUGAGGAAGAGAAACGACACCUCUCGGGGACUCCAAUUAGCCCAUUGCUUAGAUGGAACAUCGCCGUGAACCGUCAGUAUACCUUUGACGAGUAGAUCGACUGGCCAUGGCAACCUUGGCUUGAAAAGCAAUAAAUACAAACAUACCAUGGCAAGCUGGAUGACUCUUAUUCUGAUACUGACGGGUUUGAUAUGUAACAAAUGUAUUUGACUCAUUAGGGCUAUGACUGCAUACUCGGAUCUUUUCUGUACCACGCAGGUAUAUAAGCUAUAACUCAUACCAUACAGAGCAUAUAGUAACAUUUAUACCAG